AUGGAUUCUGAUUUGAGAGAUUUAGAUCUUUAUGGGAUGCUUGGAAUCAAACAGUCGGCUACUGAAAAAGUGAUGAAAACGGCAUAUCGGAAGAAAGCACUACGAUGCCCUCCAGAUAAAAAUCCCGAUAAUCCCAAUGCAGCUCAACUGUUCUUGCGGUUAUCCAAAAUAUUAACUAUUCUUACAGACACAGCAGCUCGAUUGGAUUAUGACAAGUCGGUAAAUCUGCUGCAAAAUUGCUCAAAAAAGGACGUGAUUCGGUGGAAGAAAAACGGUAUAUAUAAUAAAGCAAACUUAACAUCAUUGUUUUCUAAGUACGGUGAACUAUCAUUUGUUGUGGUUCUGGAAAAUGCUGUGGCUUUUGUUAUGUACGAAUAUAAGACUGCUGCCGUAAGUGAUUUUAAAUUAAAUUAA